GAGCGGAGGGAGCGGCCAACCGACACCGGAUGGCCGGCUUCAAGGGCACACCAUCAAUCGAUAUUUGAACCAGGCCCGUCUCGUGGCACGACGCUGGGCGGCUCGGCCUCGUUGGCAGCACGCUGGGGCAGUUAGCCGGCUGUGUGGCACUGCGACCGUGCCGGACGCUCGCCAUCUCUCUCGUCUCUGCGCUUUUCUGGAACGUGCCGCGCGCUGCACGCCCGCCGGCGCGGCGGUCCGAGGAGUGACGUCACGACCGGAGCGGGCCGCCACUGCGCGGCUGAAUCACGACCAGUCUGUUCCAGGGAGCGCAGCUCGGCGACGCAGCUGUCAUAAAGCUGGUGCCCGCGGCCGGCGCCGUUAUACCUCCUGCGACAGCCGCAAGCUCGCAACGCGCUUGGUGAGCACGAGCAGUCAGUGUGUGGACAUCCAGAGAAGUUUGUGAAGAGGAGAGACGCUAUGAGGCCGGCUGGGAUCGUGCUCGUUCUCUGCGCGGCGGCAGCGAUGGCGGCCGCCGCUCCCCAGGCCAGCGCCGGGGCGCGGCCGAUCCAGUUUGUGUGCAGCCGCAGCGAGUGUUCCUGUGAGGACCUGGACGGACUGGAGAUGGUCACCUGCGACUGCAGCACCGGCGGCAGCAAUGAGCAUCUGAUGCUGGGGGCAAGGAGCGAGGCGUACCUGUCGGACCGCACCCGGAGUCUGCGGGUGCACAACUGCAGCCACGUCAGCCUGGUCUCGGAGGCCCUAUCGAACGCCAUCUCGCUGGUCGACCUGGAGCUGAGCGACAUCGCCAGUCUGGAGCUGCAGGCCAGCUCCCUGUACACGGAGGGCGGCCCGCGGCGGCGGGUGACCGUGCAGCGCGUGGCCGAUCUCCAGGUCCACGAGGAGGCCUUCAGCCAAGUGACGCAGCUGCAGGAGCUCAACAUCGCCGAGGUCGUCACCGGCCCGCUGCCGCUCGACGGUCUGCCCGACGGUGCCGACGUGGUAAACAUGCACAUCACGGACUCGGUGGCUGAGGACCUCAGGAUCGUCGUCGACAAGUCCGACAACGUCACCGUGUCCAAGUGCAAGCUGGAUUCGCUCAGUGUCAGCAUCGGCGACGUGCUCUCCGUCGCGGUCACCGACAACACCAUCAAGAGGGUUGACACACUGCGCAUCAACGCGCGCCCGAACGCCCACUCGACCGACUCCAACAACAUGACCCUCGUGCGCAACACCAUCUCGUCAAUGGACUCGUGGGACGUCGAGAUGACGCUGGACACGAUCGAGAUCGUCAACAACACCAUCGGCAGCCUGCUGGCGCCGCUGCGCGUCGAGUUCACCACUGCCGCCGUCAAGGGCAACGAGAUCGGGCGGCUCGGAGCGUCCGUGUUCUCAGAGUUUGUCCGGCUGGACCCGGUGAACCUGCGCUUCGGCGAGAGCCCCGAGGAGUUUGCCUUCACGUUCGCCGAGAACACGCUGCGCGCCUCGGCUAACGGCAGCUACGGCCUCUUCCUGACACCAGCCGACGAGAAGGACAGCUACUCGGCGCUCUACCGCAUCUACGGCAACCGUUUCGCGUGCCGCUGCGAGGAGCUCAAGGAACUAGUGAGCGCCGGCGAGGAGGAGUAUCUCAAGGAUGACGACGAAGAUCACAGCGAUGGUCUCUUCCAGCUGGAGGACGUCUAUGGAGCGCUCUACAGCACCAGUAGGUGCGUGGAGGGCAACAAGGUGCUGGACCAGUACCGGCUCCUCUCUUACUCGGACGACUUCGAGUGUCUGAAAACGGUCAGUUACGACAGCGGCGCCUCUUCGGCUGUCGCUGGGGCGCUGACCAUCCUGCUGGCCGCCUCUGCGGCGCUCGGGAUGGCCGUCUGAGAAGUCAGCAGUGACAACCACCAUCUGUGCUCGCUAACCAGCCAACCGCCGCAGUCAAAUCGCGCGCACCCUCUGCGACCGCUGCGCUUCGGGAGAGGACGUCGGCCCCGCGAGGGGACCGGGAUCGUGAUGCUCUGAACUGACUUGUCAGACUGCCAUGAAGGACCGAGGAUCGCCUGGAGGAUCGCCUGCACCCGGUGCUCGAACGUCUCAUUCCGCUGCCCCGCUGUGCGGUCGCACACUAGUCACAUCAACCGUCAAAAUACUAGACAACCUACACCGCCAAAAUAGAUUAAGUCUGUCAUGGCCAACUCCAAGUCCAGCGGACUUUUAGUCGGGAUGUCUUACCGUUGGAUCGUUCAAUAUUCGGAUACUGUAACCAGCGGGAAUCGUCCAUGCAAUACCGUAAUCAAAAUUACGACGGUUGUGUCAGUAGAUACCUUAUCUAUGGUGAUAUUUUAACGUGCCUGUUUGUGUGUGAUGCGAGUGGCUCAACUGUGUGCUACCGAACGCUUUGUGUGCGUAUGUUUGGAUUUUGAUAUUUGUCAUCUGCCAUUAUUGAAGUGUGCUUGUCAGCGCCAUCUCAUUCUCAUCCGGAACCAACAUCAUUUUGAUAUUGCGAGAUAAUGUGUUCAAGCAUAUUGCGACACGUGUCCACUGAUAAUCUAUGUAUGUGCUUUUGUUGUACAUAGCAAGAAGCAAUUUGAUAAAAAAAAUAGAUCAUGUUCAUCAUCAAGCUCACUUUUGUAUGUUUUACCAAAACUCUGCACGCUUAUGAACAUGAAGAGUUGCUAAGACGAACCACAAGAGAUCUGGAAAAGGGGGAGACACCAGCAUGUGCUACACUGCUACACUGAUGUGCUACACUGCUACACUUACUGGUUCUCAUGACCGAUGCAAUAAGUGAAUACGGAUACCUAUGGUGACCUUGAAUUUGGAACACGAGUGUCUGAUGAGUGUCGAUCGGGAACUCCAGUAUUGGGAGCACGAGCACGAGUGAGGUGACGGGACACAGCUUAGAUUAGGGUCGCUCGGUGUUUUGUAUCGUUUAUAGCUGGAUCGUUGUUCAACGGGCGCUUUGUACAUAUUUUUUCUCAAUACAGGUUUUAAAUUACA